AUGUCCCAGAACUAUGGUAAGAGAACAGGGAGGGGAGGAUACGUCCCAGACUAUGGUAAACAGACAGGGAGGGGAGGAUACGCCCCAGACUAUGGUAACAGACUGGGAGGGGAGGAAGGAUACGUCCCAGACUAUGGUAACAGACAGGGAGGGGGAGGAAGGAUACGUCCCAGACUAUGGUAACAGACAGGAGGGGAGGAUACGUCCCAGACUAUGGUAAAGAGACAGGGAGGGGAGGAUACGUCCCAGACUAUGGUAACAGACAGAGAGGGGGAGGAUACGUCCCAGACUAUGGUAAGAGACAGGGAGGGGAGGAUACGUCCCAGACUAUGGUAAGAACAGGGAGGGGAGGAUACGUCCCAGACUAUGGUAAGAGACAGGGAGGGGAGGAUACGUCCCAGACUAUGGUAACAGACAGGGAGGGGAGGAUACGUCCCAGACUAUGGUAA